GUGCUGGGUCUGCUUCAAAGCCUUUCCCACACCUCCUCGUGGGUUUCAGGCUGGUGACCCUCCCAAACCUAAGAAAAAAACCUGCGUUGGGAGGGAAUCCCCACGGGCUCACCCCCGGUGCUGAGAAACGGAGAUGCUCAGCUCCAUCUCAGCAGCCAAAGACCCAAACGCAGCCGUCCCCAAAGUGAUGGGGUGGGGACGCACCAGCCAGAGGGGUCCUCAAGUGCCCAGCCCCACGGCCUGGGGACCAGGGUGGCGUGUGGGAUGCUCCCACCCCGCAGCCCAGCGUCGCAUGCAAAGCUUUUGACAUUCCCAGCAGCUUCCACAAGAUGGACCUCGGAGCGAGAGGAGGUGCCGGGCAUGGGGGGGAGCCUUGUCCCAUCCCUUCCCAUCCCAUUUUGUCCCAUCCCUCCUGCUCCCACCGUGCCAGCUGGAGGAGGCUCAGCGUCCUGCGAGGCGAGCCUGGGACAUGGCACAACCCGGGGGGCUCUGCCUGCUGGCCCUACUGGGGCUGGGGUUUGGGGUGGGGGGCUCCCCAGCCUGCUACGACCCCCGGGGCCUGCCCCGUCGCUGCAUGCCCGUUUUUGAGAACGCCGCUUUUGGCCGUGCCGCUUGGGCCACCAACACGUGCGGCUCGCCCCCCGAGGACUACUGCCAGCAGAUGGGGGCUCGCCACGCCAGCCAGCUGUGCCAGCGCUGCGACGCCGCCGACCCCCGGCUGCACCACAACGCCUCCCUCCUCACCGACUUCCACAGCCAGGAGGAGAGCACCUGGUGGCAGAGCCAGUCCAUGGCUUUCGGCAUCCAGCACCCAAAUUCCGUCAACAUCACGCUGCGGCUGGGCAAAGCUUACGAGAUCACCUACGUGCGGCUCAAGUUCCACACCAGCCGCCCCGAGAGCUUCGCCAUCUACAAGCGCGCCGCUGCCGACGGGCCCUGGGUGCCCUUCCAGUACUACAGCGCGUCCUGCCUCAAGACCUACGGCAAGCAGCCCAGGCACUACCUGAGGCCGGGCGAGGACGAGCAGGUGGCCUUCUGCACCGACGAAUUCAGCGACAUCUCCCCCCUGAGCGGGGGCAACGUGGCCUUCUCCACCCUCGAGGGCCGGCCCAGCGCCUACAAUUUUGAUGGGAGCCCCGCGCUGCAGGAGUGGGUGACCGUCACCGACCUGCUCAUCUCCCUGAACCGCCUCAAUACUUUUGGGGACGACAUCUUCAAGGACCCCAAGGUGCUGCAGUCGUACUACUACGCCAUCUCCGACUUCUCCGUCGGCGGCAGGUGUAAAUGCAACGGCCACGCCAGCGAGUGCGCGCCGGACGAGACGGGACGGCUGGCGUGCGUGUGCCAGCACAACACGGCCGGCACCGACUGCGAGCGCUGCCAGCCCUUCUACCAGGACCGGCCCUGGGCUCGCGGCACCGCCGAGGCCGCCAACGAGUGUCUCCCCUGUAACUGCAGUGGCCGCUCGGAGGAGUGCUUCUACGACCCGGAGCUGUUCCGGAGCAGCGGGCACGGGGGGCACUGCCGCCACUGCCGCGACAACACGGCCGGGCCCCGCUGCGAGCGCUGCCGGCAGAACCACUACCGCUGGGAGCCUAGGGCCGCCUGCCAGCCCUGCCACUGCCACCCCGCAGGCUCCCUGCAUCCCCAGUGUGACAGCUCGGGGACCUGCACCUGCAAGGCCAACGUGACGGGCUGGAAGUGCGAGCGCUGCAGGGACGGCUACCACAGCCUCAGCCAAGGGGGCUGCAGACCCUGCGCCUGCGACCCCGCUGGAAGCGUGGGCACCUGCGACCCCAACACGGGACACUGCGCCUGCAAGGAGAGGGUGGAGGGGCACCUCUGCAACAGGUGCCAGCCCGGCUGGUUUAACCUCCAGCCCCACAACCCUGCCGGCUGCACCAGCUGCUUCUGCUACGGCCACUCGGCUGUCUGCACAGCAGCGACCGGCUACGAGGUGACCCACGUGCGCUCCGACUUCAGCCGAGCUCCGAAUCUAAGAAAACAAACAGAUGGGGAGGAGACAGCGAGGGCUACCGUGAGAGCACAGAGCCCGAGCGGAGCAGGGUGCUGCAAAGCGCUGGCUCCUUACGAAACCCUGGGGAGGUUCAGGGGCAGGGAUGGAGCCCCGAAAAGCAGCACCCUGGGGUGCUGGGCACACGGGGGGUUUCACCACUCCCUUUUGCCCCUGCACCACCGCUGUGCUCUUCCUGCAGGGCUGGAGGGCUGGGCGGCAGCAGCGGGUGCCGUGGCCGUGCCUCUGCGCUGGGCUGCUGGGGAGGUGAGCGCCGAGUGGGAUGGAGAGGAGCCGCUGGAUUUUCUUGCACCAGAGAAGUUUCUGCAGAACCAGCACCUCAGCUACGGGCAGCCCCUGACCCUGCUGCUGGGAGCAGAGGGGAACGGGACUGGGACAGAGAGCAGGGUGCCCCAGCUCCGCGUCCAGCUGGUGCUGGAGGGCGAGGGGAUGGAGGUCACCAUGUCCAGCAGCGAGAGCCAGCCACGGGAUGGAAAGCAGGCUGUCACCUUCAGGCUACAUGAGGCUGAGGAGGGCACGGAGCCUUCGCUGUCGGCCUUCAGCUUCCAGCGCCUGCUCUCCAACCUGAGCGCCCUCCGCCUCCGCGUGAGCACCGGGCCAGGCAGGCUGGUGCUGAGCGAGGUGCGGCUCACGUCGGCUCGCCCCGGGCCGGGUGUGCAGGCAGGCUGGGUGGAGGAGUGUGCGUGUCCCCCGGGAUACAGCGGGCAGUUCUGCCAGUCCUGCGCUCCCGGCUUCAAGCGGGACGUCCCCUUCGGUGGCCCCUUCGUCGCCUGCGUGCCCUGCGCCUGCAACCAGCACGGGGACUGCGAGCCCCGCUCAGGGCAGUGCCGGUGCCUGCACAACACAGAGGGGCCCUCCUGCGAGCGCUGCAGCCCCGGGUUUUAUGGCAACCCCUUCGUGGGGCGCUCCGAUGACUGCAAGCCCUGCCCGUGCCCCGACCGCUCGCCCUGCACCGAGGUGCCCGGCAGCGGGGAGGUGGUGUGCACCCACUGCCCCCCGGGGCAGAGAGGGAAACGCUGCGAGCUGUGCGACGAUGGGUUUUUCGGGGACCCCUUGGGGCAGAGGGGCCCCGUGCAUCCCUGCACCCCCUGCCAGUGUCACGGGAACGUGGACCCCAACGCCGUGGGGAACUGCGACACCGAGUCCGGCCGGUGCCUGCGCUGCCUGCACAACACGACGGGCGAGCACUGCCAGGAGUGUCAGCCGGGCUUCUACGGGGACGCGCUGGCCCCUAGCCCCGCCGGGAAGUGUGCGCCUUGCGAUUGCAACCCCAAUGGCUCAGCCCCGGGGCCGGAGGGCUGCGAUCCCAGCACGGGCCAGUGCCGCUGCCUCCCGCACGUGACGGGCAGGACCUGCGGGCUCUGCCAGCCCGGCUACUACGGGCUGCAGCCCACCGUGGGCUGCAAGAGCUGCGAGUGCCACCCGGCGGGGUCGCGGGACAGCGGGUGCCACGCGCUGACGGGGCAGUGCUCCUGCCAGCCGGGUGUCACGGGGCUGCGCUGCGACAGAUGCGACCACGGCUUCUUCGGAUUCUCUGCCAAGGGCUGCCGAGCCUGCAACUGCUCCCCGCUGGGCUCCGUCACGCCGCAGUGCCACGAGAACAGCACCUGCGUCUGCCGCCCCGGCUUUGUGGGUUACAAGUGCGAGCAGUGCCAGGCCAACUUCUUCCCCGACCCGCCGAGCUCCCGCUGCCUGCCGUGCCCCUCCUGCUACGGGCUGGUGAAGGACGGGGCUGACCGGCUGAAGGCGAAGCUGCAGGAGAUGGAGGAACGGCUGCAGACCCCAGGCUGUGAUGUCCCCUCGGGGCAGUCCCUGGUGCUGGGUGAUGCGCCCCGGGGAGACGGGCUGCCCGGCAGGCACCUCCUGCAAGGUGCCCGGGCCGUGCUCUCCAUGCAGGUGGGGCGGCUGGCGGGGGUGCUGAGCACCGCACGGGGCCGUCUCAGCAAUGCCAGCCAGGCCAGCGGCUGCUCCGACCACAGACACCCCAAAACGUGCGUCCUGCUGUCAGAGAUCGGGGCCGUGCUGCAGUCAGCGCAGCGGGAGGUGCUGCACGCUGCCGACACCCUGGCUGCCACGGAGAUUCCCCAGGAAAUCCCCCCGCAGCCCACCAACUGGAGCCGCCUGGCGCUGGAGGCACGGGCACUGGCUGAGAGGCACAGGGAUGCGAUGGCACAGGUGGAGGCGAUGGUCGGGAGAGCGCUGAAUGUGUCCAAAGCCAGCCACGAGCUCCUGCAGGGCUUGCUGGAAGGGAGAGCGGCGUGGGAAGCACAGCGUGAGCUGGAGGCCGGGUACGAGGAAAUCCAGCGGGCGCAGGAGGAGCUGGGCACUGGCAUGGUGGAGGUGGCAGCGGAGGCCAGGAGGGCUCUUGCCACCAUCCAGCAGGCAAACGCAGGACAUGGCCGAGAAGCUCCUGCAGGCGGCUGCCCCAGGGCAGCAGGCACUGAUGGCACAGGUUGGAGCCCUGGUGCAGGACCUGGGGGUGCUGGAGCAGGCGGUGGGCACGCAGGAGCUGUCGGCGCAGCGAGCCAUCGCGGCGUCCCGCACCCUGGCAGCUGGGCUGCGCCGGGACCUGCAGGGGACUCGUGGCUUCACGCAGCUGCGGGACCGAGCUGGCUCUGCCCGCAGCCUGGCCACCUCGGCAGUGUCACGAGGGAAAGCUGCGCUCUCCGGCACGGAGUCCCUCCUGGCCAGCUUGGAAGGCAUGAGGAAGGUGCUGGGGCAUCGGAAGGGCCAGGUGCCCUGAGCAGGAGGAUGGCGCAUGUGCGGGACAGGACGAUGGUGGAGGCCCAGAAGAAGAUCAAACAGGCAGAGAAAAUGCUGGGAAACUCCUUGUCUGUCUCCACCGCAGCCAAGGGGACAGCUGGGGAGGCCAAGCAAGUCGCUGGGGAGAGCACUAAGAGGGCACAGGCUGCUGCUGCGGGGCAGCAAGCAGGCUCACAAGCAGCCGUGCAGCUCGCCAUGCGUGCCAAUGAAACCCAGCGGGAGCUCGCCCGGCAGGAGCGCAUGGCUGAGGAGCUCAGGGGGGGCCUGGAGGAAGCAGAGCAGGUGGGGACAGAGGUGAGUGAGAUGGCCAAAAGCCUCCAGGAAGCCCGGAGCUCGCUGAUGAAGGACAUCAAGACCCUGAACGACCUGCUGAGCAGCCUCGGCGACCUGGAGCAGGGCACGCAGGUGGAGGCGGCGCUGGGAGCAGGGAGGCUGCAGCUGGAGAAGCUGCGGCUGCGCCUGGCCGCGCCGGGAGCCCUGGCCCAGCGGCUGAGCCGGUUGCAGCAGGAGGCGGCGCAGCAGCAGGAGAAGAUCCAGGCCUUCGAGAGCGACUUGGCCGAGAUCCGGGCUGACAAGAAGAACCUGGAGGACAUUUUGCGGAGCCUCCCCGAGGGCUGCUCCGAGUGGCAGUGACAGGGCGCUGGCUGCUGCCCCGACACCCCCCCCCCCAGUCACCUCUGUGCCCCCCUGCAAUAGGGACUGGCAGAGCAAAGGACACCUGCCCUCACCAGCAUCGCUCCCUCCUGCUGCUCUGCAUGUUGCCCUCGGUACAAUAUCACCCCCGGGUACUCACCCACACUGGUUCCGACUCAGCAUCCCGAGUGAUCCUCAGCAUCCUGAGCUCUCAGGAGGGCACACAGCUUGCCGGCUUCCCAAGAGCAGGGAGCUCGCAGCAGGGAGAGCAAAAGUGGGGCUGAGCAGAAGCAAAGCCGGGCCCUUAACCUGGCAGAUGGGGGCAUCCUCUGCCUGUUGCAUCCUGCUGUUGGUGCCGGAUGGGGAGCAGCUGGACACGGCCAGUGCCUGCUGGUGUCCCUCCCACUGCAUGGCACGGAGGUCAGUGGCUGUGUUGCCUGUAAAGGAAAGGCAUCCGGGUGGUUCACCCUGCCAUGCGUGGGCUGCUCGAUGGGACUGGGCAGGCAGCGGAGCUGGGUUCAGCUCCCCCCCCUGCGCUGGUGGUGCUGGCACAGCAAAGUCACGCCUGUAAGGUCAGAAGCGAGUCCCCCGGCUGGAGCACAGUUCACUUUUUAACUCGCUUUACCUGUGCUCUUCCACUCACGGUGCUGGAAACCAGGCUUGCUAAAGUCUUGUGUAACGCUCUUUGUAAAACCGCUGCCACAGACCUUC